UGGUCCACAGGCAGAGACCUCUCCACUGCUGCCCAGGAGGAGCAGCUCUGAGCACUCUGACCUGCUCAUGAAGGCUCAUCAUCAUCAUCACAGAGCUUCCUCUCCAGUGACCGGCUCACACUUGAACAUUUCAUCCCCCAUGGACAGGCUCAAACCCCUCAAUUGCAAUCUCAGCGCCCCAGAGUGGAUGGGGUGUUCUGGAUGCAGUCCAGAUAUAUUGUGCUGUCACUCCCCUUGCUCUCCCCGCUCUUCACACUUCUCUUUUUCUCCCUUCCGUCCACUUUCUCCGGUGUGCCCUUGCUCCCCCGAGUUACCCCACUCUCCUCUGCCCCUGCGACCGUCUGCUGCAAAGGCUGCAGCCUGUGGCUAUGGUGAGUGCUGCCCAUGGAUGAUGGAGCUCCUGAGAGGAGGCCUCAGCUGGAUGGGCUCUGUAGCAGAGCUCUGCCAGGGGGUCGUCCUGCAUGCCGGGGAGCUGCUGGCAGCUGAGGGCAGCUCCCUCUCUCUGGUAAAGAAAGAGAGCAGUGGCAGGACCGUCUUGGAGGAGGUUAUUGCCCUGACUGCAUUGGGGUGCUCGAGAGAAGACAACGUCUGCAGCCGUGCACACCUGGAGUUGGUGAAGGGUAUCAUGGGUUGUGUACUGGCUACAAGGUCACCAAUGAAUCUGAGAGAUGUUUCAGAGGACCCCAGAUUUAAUUUAGAUGACGAGCACUCAUCAAAGAUCAGGGGUGUUUUGAGCAUUCCCAUCAAGAACCACAGGGGAGAGAUGAUCGGUGUAGUGUUAAUGAUCAAUAAGAGAAAUGACUGCGAUGGAUCAGCUUCUGCUUUUACCAACAUGGAUGAAAAGGUGCUGUCCAAUCAUAUGGAUGUGUUGGGGAUGGUCCUGGAUAAUGUUCAGCUGUAUGAGAGCUCAAGACAGGAGGCCAAACGCAGCCAGGCUUUGAUAGAGAUGGCACAGGUAUUGUCAAAAGAGCACCGGUCCUUUGAAGUUCUGCUGAGUAAGAUGGCUGCCACCAUCAUGCCAUUCACACAUGCUCAGUACUGCACCAUCUUCAUCCCUGGCGAGCAAACGGUUGUGGAAGACGAGGUUUCAUUCUCUAGAGUGAUCCACCUGGAGUGUGAGGAGCUCGGAUCAACUUGCCAGAUCUACAGAAGAGAGCGUGACAUCAGUGAUCUAGACCCGUCGUAUGCCCUUCGAACUCUGCUUGCUAUGGAAACCCUAAAUAUGUCGGAGAGUUCUGGGGAACCGAUGAGGAGUCUGAUCUGCUGCCCUGUGAGAAAUGAGAGGUCUGAAGAUGUUAUUGCGGUGUGCCAGCUGAUGAACAAAAGAAGCAGGGACUCAGAUGAGGUGGAAGCUUUUAACAGAUAUGAUGAGCGCCUACUAGAGGACCUGGCUGUGUACUGCGGCCUGGCUCUGCAGUAUGCCCAGGCUGUGCAGAUCACUGAGGAGCGGAGGGCCAGUAUAGAGGUCACACAGGAGGUUCUUGCCUACCACAUCACAGCAGCAGAGCAGGAAAUCCAAGCAUUGCAGGAGGCCACUAUUCCUUCUGCCGAAUCACUGUUCAUUCUAGACUUCCAUUUCUCUGAUUUUGGUCUGCCAGAAGACCUGACCACUCAGGCCACCAUUCGUAUGUUUCUGGACCUCAAUUUAGUGCAGGAUUUUAACAUUGAUUAUAAGAAUCUCUGUCAGUGGGUCCUCACUGUGAGACGUGGUUACAGGAACAGCGUGCCUUAUCACAACUGGAACCAUGCACUGAGCACUGCUCAAAGCAUGUUUGCUAUGCUAAUGGCCACAGACCAACUCCAGACAAUAUUUUCCCGUCUGGAGAUAUUAGCUUUGAUGAUAGCCACUCUGAAUCAUGAUCUUGAUCACAGAGGAGUCAGUAACUCUUACAUAGAAAGGAGUCAACAGCCUUUAGCUCAACUGUAUGGACAUUCUUCUCUAGAAAAUCACCACUACAACCUGUGCCUCUUCAUCCUAAACAACACUGGGAGUCAAAUUCUCAGUGGUCUCUCUUCAGAAGACCACAGAGUGGUACUACACAUGAUCAAAAGGGCAAUCCUCGCCACUGACCUGACCGUCUACAUGGAGAGAAGAAAAGAGUUCUUUUCUCUCACUAAGAAAAGCAGAGUGAGCUGGAAGAGUGAGAAAAAAAGAGAUUUACUGAGGUCUAUGUUGAUGACAGCUAGUGACCUCUCUGCCAUCACAAAGCCUUGGCCCGAACAAAAAAGGAUUGCCAACCUGGUUGCCAUGGAGUUCUUUGCACAAGGGGACAAAGAGAGAAAAGAGUUCAAAAUCAAACCCAUUGACAUAAUGAACAGAGAAAACAGCACUCGACUGCCAUGCAUGCAAGUUGAAUACAUUGAUGACAUCUGCUAUCCACUCUACAAGGCUGUGUCAAGAUUGUUUGACGCCUGCUCCCCACUGAUGAAUGGUUGUAAGAAGAACAGAGAAAACUGGCUGCAUCUUGCUGCAGAAGGAAAGGAAGGACAAGGGGGAAAAAGCAGCAGUGUAACCCCCGAAACACAUAAAAACAACGAGGAAGAGGAACAGAGAGAAGAAUAGAGGACUGGACAGAAGAUGAAGUUACAUAGCUUUGGAAGCAAACGGGUGUCUGUUGUUCUUCAUCCUCUCUUGGACAGAUCUCGACUAAAUAUUGGUAUACUCUGUCUACAAAAUUUGUAAAUGGGAUGUAUAAUAAUCCUGACUAAUAUUAGCUAUGGUGCUGUUUUGUCCCAAACAACUGGAGAAUAUCCUGUAGCAAAUCUGAUGUGAUACCUAAUGCAGUGUCGAGCCUUAAAGGACUGAAGCUGCACAAGUUGAGAAAAUAGUCAUUUCCAUACUAUAUCUGCAUUUUUUCUGUACUUCUGUGUUUGAUGAACACAUAUCAAGAUGUUCAAGUGUGUACUGCGUAUGUGUA